UUCAAGAUGGCGGCGAGCAGGAGGCUGGCCAAGGACAACCCUCCCUAUGACAAAGGCGCGUUCAGGAUUGAGAUCAUUUUCCCCACCGAGUACCCUUUCAAGCCUCCCAAGAUUACAUUCAAAACAAAGAUCUAUCACCCCAACAUUGAUGAGAAGGGGCAAGUGUGUUUGCCUGUUAUCAGUGCAGAGAACUGGAAGCCAGCCACCAAAACUGACCAAGUUAUUCAGUCCCUCAUUGCGCUGGUGAACGACCCCCAGCCAGAGCAUCCCUUGAGGGCAGACCUAGCAGAAGAAUACUCAAAGGACCGUAAAAAAUUCUUGAAGAAUGCUGAAGAGUUUACAAAGAAACAUGGCGAAAAGCGGCCAAUGGACUGAUCACGUGAUAAGCGUUUAGCCCUCUGUCUCUUUCUCCCCCUUGCCUCUUACCUGCCCAAGCAAAUAUCAUACUUCCUAUUUGCCCCUCCUUAAUCCCCAACCCCCUUAUACGACCUUUCUCAUUCACGUUCCUCUCUUUUGCCCCCCCCCCCACUGCUCCGUCUUGCAGCUGAGGAGCGGCCCAGCUGAAGCAGACAGUGGCAGCCUCAGCCUCCCUUCACAUCUGCUCUGUGGAUCAGACCGCUUCCUCUCUCUCUCUCCCUCUCUCUCUCUCUCUCUCUCUCUCUCGCUCCAUACCUUCACUAACUUUCUACUCUUAAAGUCAAAAUGAAAAAAAAAAACAUGGGGAGUUGAAUAGGAAUAUUCAAGUAAUGUGUUGAUUUUGCUUUUCUUCUAUAAAGUAUUGCUACCUAGUACUAGAGAUUUUUUGUUUGUUUUUUUGUGUUUUUUUGCCGAGAUUAAAAGAUGGUUGAUGACUCAUUUUCUUAGCCACAUUAACAGUAACUAAUGGACAGAAAGAGAAAAUCUUAGAUCUGUUUUUUUUUUUUUUUUUUUUUCCCUUUUUCCUUCAUCCACCCCUGCCGCCCCCAGACUGCGUGUUUCCCUUACUGACCUCCACUGCUUCUAGACUUGCACUGUAUUCUGUGGAAUAAUCCCACAUUUCCCCUUGCCCAGUUUGUAACACACUGAGCAGAGGCAAACCAUUGUUGUCCCACAUGUGAAUUGAAUUGUUAUAAAAGUUCUUCAGUACUUGUCAAAACAUUCUCUCCAAAUAUGUUCUCAGCUGUCUCCUUUUAAAAAGAACAGGGGUUUCACAUGUAUUUAUGGGUUUGAUUAGUUGUACCAAAACACUUGUUCCCUGUGUGAAAAAGAUUUUUGCCUGACAAAUGCCUUGUAAUAUUGUUUUAAUAACUCAAAAACUUUUGAUUGGCACUUUGAUAUAUAAAACUGUCAAAGUAGGAACUGCCUGCUUGUUUAA